AUGCUCCGUCCCACAACCCUCCGCCCUGCGCUUCGCGCAUCAGCCCAUGCCAGAUGCGCCAUCCCACUAACGACUCGCCGGACUCUAUUCUCCCAACGAUCAAGCCGAUUGACCGAUGACCUCGACGUGAACCAGCUCAAUUCGAAGCGACGAGAUUACGAGCAAAACCGAACAGCUUUCUUGGCUGCCGGUGCCAUUGCCGGUAUCGUUUCCUUCGUCUACACAGCAUGGAAGCUCAAAAAGGCCAUCGAAGCACAGGGAGAAAAAGAGAAGGCAGCGAUCAAGUGCGAUACCGAAGUGCCCAAGGAGAUUUUUAAGACAGAGGCGGGCGAGAAGCGAAAGGUGGUUAUUCAUGACGAGGACGGAAACGAGGUCGUCCCAACAGGCAACACAACAGUCAAGUUGUUUCCUCGAACAUUAGAAGUCGAAAAUGUCGGAGCAGCCGGCGAUGUAGCUGGUCCAAUUGCUGCUGCUGUUACAGACAAGCAUGGCACGGAAUUCACCUUGGUCGGGUUGGGUACAAGAACAGUCACUUUCCUCGGCUUUGAGGUGUACGUGGUGGGUUUCUACGUCGCUACCCAAGAUGUUGAGAAGCUUCAGCGCUACUUGGUCAAGAAGAUCAACCCUCUUGCUACAACACUGAUUCCUUCCGAAAAGGAGGACCUGAGAAAGGCUCUGCAGGACGCUACUGAGGGUGAGGAGACGUGGAAUUCGAUUUUGAAGGAUGCCGGCUGCCGCUCAGCGUUCCGCAUUAUUCCCGUUCGAGAUACCGACUUCCCCCACAUGCGCGACGGUCUCGUUAGAGCUAUCCAGGCUCGCUCGGCACGCAACCCCGAUUACAACGACGAGACAUUCGGAGAGGCCAUGAAGCAUUUCAAGGUUUUGUUCCAACGAGGCCAAGUAGCCAAGAAGAACGAACUUUUGCUUGUUCGAGACGCGGCCGGAAAGCUGACCAUCACUUAUAACGACUCCACACGCAAGGAGCCCGUAAAGAACGUUUUGGGAACUGUCGAGGACGAGCGACUCUCAAGGUUGCUGUGGCUCAACUACCUCGCUGGCAACAAGGUUGCGUCAGAGGAGGCCAGGAAGAACAUCAUCAAUGGCGUCAUGGAGUUUGUUGAACGACCCGUUGGCACUGUCGCCACUCAGGUUCUGUGA